GGUGGUGGUUCAGGAGCCAGUUCUGCAGAGCUGGGUGGGGAAGGGCUGGGGGCAAGGGGAGAGACUGCCCCAAGGAACGUGGUGGCCUCAGGGCAGUGGACUCUGCAGCGCCGGAGGCAGCAAUGAAUGUGGAUCAUGAGGUUAACCUCUUAGUGGAGGAAAUUCAUCGUUUGGGUUCAAAAAAUGCUGAUGGAAAGUUAAGCGUGAAAUUUGGGGUCCUCUUCCGAGACGAUAAAUGUGCCAACCUCUUUGAAGCAUUGGUAGGAACUCUCAAAGCUGCAAAACGAAGGAAGAUUGUAACGUAUUCAGGAGAGCUGCUUCUGCAAGGUGUUCAUGAUGAUGUUGACAUUGUAUUACUGCAAGAUUAAUGUGGUUCACAUAUCUUUUAUGUACCACCAUUUUUUGUUUCUGGUAAACUGGAAUAUAAAGUGAAAGAACAAACAUUUGAACAUACUUAAUGUAUUUUUAUAGAACUUUGUAAACAAAAGGAGAUUAAUGUUUUAGAAGUCUGUCCUUUUUUAUAUCUUGAAAGAAAAUUUAUGUAUGAUGCUAUAAAAUAAACAAAUCCUAUUAUUUUUCUCAGGAAUCUGGUUGGGAAUUGUAGGCAAUGAGGUUUUUUGGGAGGCGGGGACAGGGGAAUGUUUGUUUCAUAAAUAAUUAGACAUUUUCUAUAGAUAUUUGACAUUCUGCGAAAGCAACAAGCAAAUUGAAGACCAACUCCUAUGAGAAAUAUUAUAAUGUUUAUGUAAUAAAGACAUGUAGCUGUCUCAAAA